CUACUUUUUUUUUCCUUCAAAAUUUUCUCUUAUUUAUUCUACUCUUUCCACUCCCCUCAAUCACAUAAAAUAAAAGAGAGGAAAAAAAAAUAAUAAUAAUAAAACAAUCCACCAAUCCCAAUUUUUUCUUAAUUUUUUUCUCUUUCUCCCCCUUUUUUCCCCCCAUAUAAUUACUCUACCUAUUGGAUGCUGAUAUGGCCGGGCUAGAUCUGGGCACCUCCCGGUACGUUCACCGCCAACUCCACGACCUCCACCUUCAAACCCUAACUGGCGCCGGCGACAUCGUUAGCCGCACCGCGCCGCGCGGCAGGCCUGCGGGCUCCAAGAACAAGCCCAAGCCGCCCGUCAUCAUCACCGAGAGAGAGAGCGCCAACACCCUCCGGGCACCAAAUCCUCGAAGUCGGCAGCGGCUCGACGUCUUCGCGAAGCUGCAUCUCCACCGUACGCCCGCCCGCCAGCGCGGCGUCGCGUGCUCAGGCGUCGAGCAGCGGGAACCCCUGACGGUGUUUUGGGCGGGAGGGCAGGGGCAGGUGGUGGGGGGGAGUGUGGUCGGGGCGCUGAUCGCGGCGGGCCCCGUGAUCGUGAUCGCGUCGUCGUUUACGAACGUGGCCUACGAGAGGCUGCCGCUGGAGGAGGAGGAGGCGGCGGCGGUGGGGCGCGGCGAGGGGGAUGGGGAUGGGGCCGCCCCGCGGUGUCGGGGAGCGGAGGCGGGACUCGCCGGCCGACCCGUCAUCGGGGCUGCCGUUCUUUAA